AUGAAUAAUUCGCAAGGCCCACUCGGCACCAUCGCUCAAGGUGUCGUUGCCGGGAUUGGCUUUGUAUCCGAAGUGCGAGGCUACAAAAAGGCGAGAAAAACAGCCAAAAUGAAGCGCGAGAGUGAGGCGCAUGAACAGAGCCAGUAUGAACAGCAAAAACGCAGCUCAUCUUCCACUUCUCGAUCUCUGUCUUCAGGCGAGGCACCUCUCCCAACGGAGACGAAAGCGGAUCCCGAUGCAAAGGACCCUCCCGCGUAUAAGGAAAUUGAGCGCUCGUGGGAGCUGAACGAAGCACAGGAUGUGGUGAUCGAGACCAAAAAGCCCCGCAAGAGCAAAGGAGGAGUCGCCAACCCCGACAAAGUCAUUGCUGCUUUCCUGCAACGCCGGCCGCCACCCUCCACCCCGCUAUCGUUAUCACCGCAUGAGACACACCCGGCACCCAAGCUUACCUAUCCUGUCGCCAUCCCGCAGCGACGGCCCAAGGACAAGAAACGAGGGUUCAUUAGAGCAUACGCACUAGACCUACAGAAUGUCGGCCUCGAUCAGGAGACCUGGUUCGAUUUCAUCGAGACGUUCAAUGAAGCGAGUCUCGCCAAUCCAUGGAUCAAUGCUCUCAACCUGGCAUCCCUUGCGGCUUCUCCACUACCAUCUGCAAUCUCCACUGCGGUUUCGAUAGCUAUCAUGGUCGCUACUACGAUUGCAAUUGAGAUACAGGGUCGGCAUCGAUAUGCCCCGGACAGACAAAACAAGGCGCUUGAUAAGCUAAACGAAGAAUUUUUCCGUCCUCGCGGCCUCUUCUGCCUUGUCAUGGCAUGGGACAGCUCAUCAUUCGGUCCUCGAACGAACAUCGACAUCAACACUACGAUUCAAAACUCGAUUGAUAGCCAGGGGAAGAUGUCUCACAAGUUCCAGUCUUCUAACGGAGUCAAUAAUGGAAUGGUAUCAAUAAAGACAGCCCAGCUCGUCUUCCCAGGUCUUGAUUUUCUCGCUACCGUGUCAAAGGACGAGCAGAAAGGCUUUAAGAAGAAGAUGGAGCGCGGAAAACUUUUUGUUGACGAUUAUAUGGACCGAAGGGCACAAGCAAAGUUUUUUGCCGAGAACCCAAGCAGUCAUCUCAAUCAAGCCGGAAAGCCAACGUUCAGUUCCAAAUACGCCGAUCCAACGCACCAAAUAGGAGAAUUCCAGGCCCAGAUUCGCGGCUUUGCAUCGAGAGGUGAUAUGGGGAGAGGGACAGGACGUGCCGGUGGGCUUGGGGGUGGACCGCUUGGGCUGAUUGGCCUAGCUGCGCAGGCAUUGAGUGAUCGAGACCAACAGCGAACGCCAUUCAGCAACGGCAACAACCCCCCUACUCCUUAUUAUUAUAGAUCGGAUUUUCACGAGGAGAGCGACAAGCAUAGACAGUACCCACAACAUGGGUCUAUCCCAGGUAACUCACAGCAGUACCCCCAGCAAAGGGGCGAUGGUGGACUUCUGAACCUGGGCAAGCUUUUCAACUCGAAAGUAUUGUAUUUGAUGGUUGUCAAUAUGCCGACAGAAAAGGAAAUGGCCCAAGCAAAGGAGCUGACAAGUGGUUGGAACGUUCAAAGUCAGCAGUGUCAGUUCUAG